CAUAAAUAUAGUCAACCCCUUAGCUUAAUCUGCAGUAUAUUCUAAUCAAGAACCCAUAGAACCAUCUUUCCUUUUUCCAAAUUCCGAUGGCCAUCGCUGAAAUCUUUAUCGGAGCAUUCAUCACCGUGCUGUUUGAGAAACUGGCAUCUGCUGACUUGAUCAGACUCGCACGAUCUGCAGAAAUAUAUUCUGAGCUGGAUAAAUGGAAAAGCACCUUGUCCCAGAUCCAAGCUGUACUUGUUGAUGCAGGCCACAAGCACAUAAAAGAUAAAUCUAUUCAAUUAUGGCUAAACAAACUCCAACACUUAGCUUAUGAAAUGGACGAUGUACUCGAUGACUUGGCAACAGAAGCUAUGCGUCGCCAGUUGAAACAAGAAUCUAAUGCCACUGAUAACAUCGACACUAGUAAGUCACUGAUCAGUAUCUCUCAAACUUCUUGCUGUACUAAUUUCUGUACACCUCGUACCAUUAAGUAUGAUAGUAAGAUGGCUUCUAAGCUCGACGAGAUUACUACCAAAUUGCGUGCUCUUGUUGAGGAGAAAAAUAUUCUGGGUUUGAUCAAUAAUGUUGAGAGGUCAAACAGCAAAAGUAGACGAUUAGAGGAGACCUCGUUGGUUGAUUUAUCGAGAAUUGUGGGUCGUGAUGGGGAUAAAGAGGUGUUACUAGGGAAGCUGUUGGGCAAUGAACCAUGUAAUGAAAAUGUUAGCAUUGUGUCCAUUGUUGGUUUGGGCGGGAAAGGGAAAACGACUCUAGCCCAAGUAUUGUACAAUGAUAGGAAAGUGAAGGCUCACUUUAAACUCAUGUCAUGGGUUUGUGUCUCGGACGAGUUUGAUGUAUUUGAUAUCAGCAAGGCAAUUUUUAAAGAUGUGGGUGGAGAAGACAAGAAAUUUGAAACUCUUAAUCAGCUUCAAUUGGCCCUUACAGAAAAACUUGCAAAUAGAAGGUUCUUACUUGUUCUAGAUGAUGUGUGGAAUGAAAACUACAAUGAAUGGGAACUCCUCCAACGACCUUUUGCUGUAGGAGCACCGGGAAGUAAAGUUAUCGUGACAACACGGAAGACCAUGGUUGCAUCGGUGAUGGACUCCGUUCAAGCUUACCCUCUCGAGCUUUUGUCCAACGAAAAAGCUCUAUCUUUAUUGGCUCAACAUGCGUUAGGUAAACAAAACUUCGAUUCACAUCCUACCCAUAAAUUACAUGGCGAAGGUAUUGUGAGAAAAUGCGGUGGAUUGCCUUUGGCUUUGAGAGCAAUAGGGAGGGUGUUGAGAACAAAGCCAAAUGACGAAGAAUGGAGAGAGUUGUUGAAUAGUGAGGUGUGGAACUUACAGAAUGAAAGUAAGAUCCUUCCGGCUCUAAGGCUAAGUUACUACGAUCUCCCACCACACUUGAAGCAAAUGUUUGCAUACUGCUGCUUAUUUCCUAAGGAUUACGUGUUUGACAAAGACGAACUAGUCCUACUUUGGAUGGCAGAAGGGCUUUUGUAUGAAGCAAAUGCCGGCAAGCCAAUAGAGACUCUAGGUAGGGAGUGUUUUGAAGAGCUAGAAUCAAGGUCGUUUUUCCAACAAUCACCCAAUGAUAAAUCACGAUAUACAAUGCAUGAGCUGAUAAAUGACUUGGCCACAAGUGUUGCACGAGAGUUCUUUUAUAUGUUUGGUGAUAAGAUGGACGUUCAUGACACGAAUGAAGUUUUAGAGAAGUCUCACCACCUUUCAUUUAUUCGUGAAAGAUAUGGAGUGUACCGAAAGUUCAAGGUAAUACAUAGAGCUAGACGCUUGCGAACUUUCUUAGCGAUGUCAGUUACAAGGUUAUUUAGUUGGCAAAGAUUCUACUUAUCGAACAAGGUUCUUAUAGAAUUACUUCCCCAACUCCAAUUCCUAAGGGUGCUGAGUCUAGCUAAUUAUAAUAUCACACAGGUACCACGGUGCAUUGGUAGUCUCAAGCAUAUCCGGUACCUUAAUUUUUCCAACACUGACAUCACAUGUCUACCCGAAGAAGUCGGUGACCUUUGCAAUUUACAAAGCUUGUUGAUUUCAGGCUGUCCUCGUUUAUCUAACUUGCCAAAUAGCACUACAAAGUUAAUAAACCUGCGACAUCUUGACAUUAGUGAUACUCCACUGUUGAACAAGAUGCCCAAAGGAAUCGGUAAACUAACGGGUCUACAAACUCUAUCCAAAGUCAUUAUAGGAGGAGCUGAUGAGUUUAAGAUAUCAGAUCUUAAGGGCCUACCACAUCUUCAAGGAAAACUUUCAAUUGAGGGGUUACACAAAGUGAUAAAUGUAGUACAGGCGAAGGAGGCAAACUUACAACUGAAGAAGGGUCUUAGUCAUUUGGAGAUGAAAUGGAUUGAUGUAUUUGGUGAUUCUCGGAAUGAAGUAACUGAAUAUGAAGUACUUGAAGGGCUAAGGCCUUUUGAGAAGUUGACAAGCCUCGGGAUUUCAUUCUACAUGGGAGUACUAUUUCCUAGUUGGGUCGGGCAUUCCUCAUUUGUUUGCUUAUCCCAACUUACGUUACGUGGAUGUAGAAGUUGUACACGUUUACCAACACUUGGGCAUUUACCUUCACUUCAAAAGUUGUAUGUUGAAAGUAUGAAUGGGUUAAAAAUCCUAGGUUCGGAGUUCCUUGGACCUCCUAACUCUUGCCAUGGUGUUCCAUUUCCAUCACUUAAAGUUUUGGAAUUUAAAGAUAUGCAGGGAUGGGAAGAAUGGUCAACCAGCACUCACAAAACUGGAUCGUUUCCUUGUCUUCAUGAGAUAUCUAUAAUAAAUUGUCCAAAACUCGAUGUAGUGGAAGUUGAGUUAGUAUCAUCAGUUAAGGUUGUAUGUGUAAGAGAAUGUUCCGCAGUGGUGUUAACAAGCAUAAUUAGUGUGUCUUCAUCAAUAAUUAGAUUGACAGCGUGGGAUGUCAAAGGACUUAUUCAGCUAAAUGUAGAAGUUUUAGAACAUCUUCGAGAAGUUGAAUAUUUACGCAUUUUACAAUGUGAUGAACUCACACACUUGUGGAAUUCAGAAGCCGAGGCAAGUGAGAUUCUUGUGAGUUUACAAAAGUUGGAAGUAAGCGGGUGUGUGAAUUUGGUAUCAUUGGGGCAGAAAAAGGCGAACGUGGUGUCUAGCAUAGAUUCUUUUAGAGAAGUGGAAAUCAACAAUUGUCCGAGAUUAGAGAACUACCACUGUCCAAAUAAUAUCGAGAAGUUGAAGAUAUCCAGUUGUCGUUCACUUACAUCCAUAAAGUUCCCAACAACACACGACGUCCCAUCCACUUUGAAGAUUCUUAACAUUGAGGAUUGCGAUAAUCUAGAGACGGAUUGGCUUGUCGACAACUUCUUGUCAUCACUUGAAUAUCUUGUGAUUUACAGAAUGCCGAAGCUGAGGUUGUUUCCCGAAGGAUGCUUAGUUCAUCUCACCACAUUAAUGAUUUCGAGUUGUGAUAACUUAGAAUCCAUUCCAGGACACGGUUUUGGUUUCCUUCCAUUUCUUUGCCUCAAAUCUCUUUUGAUAAAUAAUUGCAUGAAUCUAAAGUCAUUUCCUGAUGAGCAUUUGCAAAGUCUCACAUCUUUGGAAUACAUGUGGAUAAGUUAUUGUCCAAGUAUGGACAACUCAUUUCCUUGUGGUUUGUGGCCUCCUAAUCUAAGUAACCUAUCAAUAGGAAGCUUAAAAAAGCCCAUUUCAGAGUGGGGCCAACAAAAUUUCCCAACCACACUUGUUACACUGAUCUUGUAUGGUGAAAAUUCAGGAGCGAUCCCGUUCGCAAAGGCAGACGAUACGAGAAACACUGCAACUACAUCGUCUUUUCUUCUUCCACCAUCUCUAACUUAUCUAUAUAUCAGUGAUUUUAUGGACAUGGAAUCCCUUUCAAUGGGCCUGCAACACCUCACUUGCCUUGAAGAACUUGUUAUCAUCUCAUGCCCGAAUCUUAAAGAUCUGCCCGUAACACUACUCCCUUCACUUUCACGUUUUUGGGUAAACUAUUGCCCGAAACUGAGAAAAAAGUGUAGUAGAAAAGGCAAGUACUGGCCCAUCAUAUCACAAAUCCCUGACCUUGAUGUAAAAUAAUUUCAGUAUAAAGAAGAAGACUGAGCAGAAAUGAAAUAACAAAAGGGUAUGCUUAUGAAGAUUGAGCUGAAAUCUAGUGGAUGUGUUCAUCACAAUUUUGGAUCAAGAAUCGGUUUUGGUUUUUCUUUUAUUAGGGUUCUAAUAGAAUGAAUUGAUGGACAGAGUUUGGUUUUUGACCAGCAUGUCAUUUGUCGGUUUUAGAUUUUGAUUUUAUGGUUCUACCGGAACGAUUGGAUUGGAAAAUUUUGAUUUUCGAUUGAA